GGCCACACUCUGGGGGCAGCUGGGGGCAGCUGGGCCUGGGAGGAAGAGGGCCGUGCCUAUGCCGGUGGGGGGCUGGGCAGGGGCAUCAGCCACGACGGGGUCCCUGCAGCCGGAGAAGGAGGGACUCGGGGAUCUCGGUGCUGAGGCAGUGUGCCCCGGGGGGGCUCCCCGGCUGGGCCUGCCCUCGGAGCUGGCUCUUUCCUGCCCCGACUGACCGUCGGCAGCUCAGGGCCUGGAGAGGCCGGGCCCGUGGGAGUGGCUCUUUCCCACAGGCUGGGCACAGUUUUGGGGUGUGGGGUCCAGGGCCUGGGAGCUGAGGACAGAGCAGGGGCCUCUCUUUUCACCAUGGUUCUUGGCCUGGGAGCCAAACAGCACCCCCCUCGACCUCCUGAAUACCCUGGCAACUUCCCAGUCACAGCAGGUUCCGCUGCCAGAGCCAUUUAUAACUCCCAUUCCAGGCUCUGCUCUGCAGUGGAGCUCCCAGGAGAGCUGGGGGGAGGGGCAGCCACUGCUGGGAGCUGCAGGCCUGGGUAUGAGGCCCCGGCCUGAGCCUCAGAGGUGGCAGGAAGAUGGGCACAGAGGCCAGAGGGGUGGGGCUGGGGGGCCUUCCAUGGGCCAUCUCCCCACGUGACCCUCGCUCUGGGUCUGGAGUCUGCUCCUUGGGUGGUAAGAGUAUGGUAGAGUGGGCGAAUGUGAAAGUCGAAGAGCUGGUAAGGGAUGGGCCCAGCAGUCAGGAGCUUGGGCCCCCUGGCCUCUGCAGGGGCCUCAUGGGGCCGAGUCCCCAAUGAGCAGACAGGAGGAGAAGGAUGCAGAGCUGGACAGGAGGAUCGUUGCCCUUCGCAAGAAGAACCAGGCCUUACUGCGCAGGUACCAGGCCUGUCGACAUCUGUUUCUCUGUGUACUUGGGGGGCCAUGGCCUGUGCUGACCCCGGGCCCUCCCACAGGAGAUCCAGGAAGACCGUCGGCAGGCGGAGCAGGCGGGCAUGGCUGGGACCACGCCGGAGCUCCUCCGUCCUGACGGCCUCACUGUCACCAUCAGCCAGCUCAGAGAUGAUGGGCCACCGUGGAGUCUUGGGCCCCUGGGUGGCCCCAGGCCCGGAUAACCUAAUGCCACUGGGGAAGCGGGUGGUCAGCCGGAACUGGGCAAGGAGCGCCCUUGGACCUGGAGCAGCCAAUGAGAUGCUUGAGGAUGAGGAGGCAGAGGCCCACGCGGGCGCCUUCCGCUUGGGGGAGCGGGUGGAGCUGGCUGUGAUCAUGGAAAACAAAGCCGAGGCCAAGCGGAUCGUAAGUGAGAAGCCCACCAGAGCAAGGAGCCAGGGGGCAGAAGGGUCACCUGGAGGGGGCUUGGGCCGGAGCUCCUCCCUGCAGAUGGCCAUCGGCUCAGAUCCUGCCCGGAAGGGUGUCCGGGAGCCCCAGAGUCCAGGCCUGGUCCCAGGCCCAGCUCCCCGCCGGCCAGUGGGGGGGCCCCCGGAGGUGGGCUGGGACUACGCCCAGUGGAAGCAGGAGCGAGAGCAGAUCGACCUGGCUCGCCUGGCGCGGCACAGAGACGUACAGGGUGACUGGCGCCGCCCGUGGGACCUGGACAAGGCCAAGCCCACGCCACAGGACUCCAGCAAGCCUUGGGAAGAGGGCCCGGCCAGGGUGGGCAGCACGAGGGGCCCCAGGGGCCACCGAAAGCUACAGCCCCCACCGUUUCCCCCUGAUGGCAAAGGCGGUACUACUCGGGGUGGGCAAGCCAGCAGACCUUUGGUGGCGCUGGCCACGCACAGCAAAGCUCGGGGGACAGAGAGGCUGACUGGCAGGGCCCGCAGGUUAAUGAGAUGCGGGGAGAGGCCAUCAGCAAAGGCAGCAGCAGCAGCGAGAGCCUGGUGUCCAGGGAGGCUGGUGGUAAUUACAGCAGUUACCUCCCCUGGGAAGUCAGGCGCGCCUUUCCCAGGCAGCGCAGGCCAGGACACGCACGGAGUCCCCACAGAACUCAAGGUGGGAAAUGAAGGGAGGCAAGGAGGAGCUGGAGAGCCAGGAGAGCCGACCUCUUGUUGUCAGGGAAGCCCAAGCACCAGAAGGACUCCAGAUGAGAAGGAACAUGCACAAACUCCGAGCAGGAUGGAGCCGGGCGGACCCAUGAGUGUCCCAGCAACCAGCCCAGCUCCAGCAUCAGCAGCACCAGAGGAGCCAAAAGGGGAGUCAGGAGCUUCGACAGCCAGUCCUGAGCCUGGCUCUCCACGAAACACGGACUUGCUUCCCCUUGACCUCUCUCUAGGAUGUGCCAGUAGCCCUGGGCCUGGGGAGAGCACGUGUGCGCUCAGUCCAAGGCCUGGGACCCAGGAGAGCCCUGUGUCCUGGCUGGAGGGUCACGAGCAGCCCCUGGGGUGGACCGAGCCCCAGGCUGAGCCAGAAGCCCAGACUUGUUCUGGGCCCCCAAAAGAGGCAGGGCCCCUGGAACCCAGAGAAGACAGGCCUGGCAAGGCUGGGGCCCAGCAGGUCCUGGCACCUCGAAGCAGACCCCCCAGAGGAGGCAGCCAAAGGGCAAGGGGCGCAGGAGGUAUGAGGCGCAGGACAGGGGGUCCUGCCCCUGCAAGAAGAUGCUGAGCAAAGCUCUCGGGGGCAGGGGGCCGGGCUGGGGAGGGGAGGAGGGAAGACACCGUCAAAAAUCUUUGAGCUCUGGGCACGCGCUGGCUGGCGGCUGUGGCAGCUUGGCCGAGCAGUUUGGCAGACUCUCCAGUGGGGUGACACUGUGAAGGCAACGAACCAACCCCUGCACCUCACGGGCACCCCCCCCCCGUGCACGUGUGUGCUCUCACCUGCAGGUAGAGCCCCUGGCGUAUCCCCACGCCACACCUGGUCUGUGAGGCUGGCAAGCCCUGCCCCAAGCCUACUGCUGCCCAGGCCACAAGCUCCCUGACCGUGGCGAGAUGACAAGGCUUGGAAGCACUCAGCACCUGGCUCUCCUGGCUCCCAUCACCCCCAGGGCCUGGCCUGCCUCUCCGGCUGCCGGCUCCUGGCUCCUCAGGUACAGACAGCCUCAGCAGCUGGCAUGGCCAGCCCAGGCUCGGGCCCUUUCCUACACCCCUGCCUCGCACCCAGGUGAAUCACAGUCCAACACUCACAGGAUGGCCAACCUGGGGAUCUCACAAUCAGCUGGCGGCCUCCUGCCUUUCUCUGGGCCUCAGCCUCCUCUUCCAGGAGGCUGAGGCCCAGAGAAAGGGAGGCCACAGCCAGCAGGGACAGAGCUGGGGACAGAAGAGUAGAGCUCAGGUCUCUGUGAAAGGAAGGGUCUCUGGAGAGUCUCUGAAAUGGGGCGGUGCGGGGGGAGGAAGGAGGGGCCAGCUUCCUCUCCCCACAGCAGGCGCAGAAGCCCGCCGUCAGGGACCUCGUCCCCCACCCCCAGGUCAGACAUGGAGUGCGCCCUGAACGGGGGCAGAGGGAGCCUGCCACCCAGGGCCGUUUCCUGCCAUCUCCAGCUUCCUCCUCCCACCGCCUCCCUGCCCAGUGUCAUGCCAGAGCAAGGUCUCAGGCAGUGACCCAAGAGGCAGAGAAACAGCGACUCCAGCUAAGUAUGACAUCAGGACUUGUCUUUCCUACUUAGUCUCCUUUCCCAUCCCUCCCCUGAGGCCCACGUCUCCGCACAAGCUGUGGCUUCCUCUCAAUUCAACAAACAUUUCCUGAGCACCCACUACCAGCAAUGCAGCUGGUGGGCGACGGUGACUUUGCCAGCAAGAGGGAGGGAAGAAACCCCUGCAUCUGGCAGACCCAGGCUGCGCAGCAGGAGCCGUCCUUGGCUGUAGGUGCCCGACAGGGGCUGGGGAUGGUAGUAGGAGCCCAGAGGGAACCAUCCCGCCGCUGCUCGCAAAGGCAGGCACGUCUCCCUUUCUCAUCGUGUGUACCCUUUGCCCCCAGUCCCCUGCUAGGAUCUCCCCACGUGGCUCGGCCACGGCUGUUCCUCUCUGCUGAGGGUCCUGGGCCUCACCAGCCUCUCUGGGCUCUCCAGGGAGUGCCCGGAUCAUCCCCAGCAUCUCUCCACUGUCAGUGAGGCCUAAACUGUGGCUCAACUGUGUGAAGGCUGGGCUUCCUCACUGGCUCUUGCUCCGCUCUCCACCCCCUCUAUUGAGGAAGCAUGAGGAGGGGGUGUCUUUUUGGCAGAUCAGAUUGUUUAGAGCAGUGCCUCUCCUACAUUAAGGUGCAGAGUAAUGCAGAUUCUAACUCGGGAGGUCUGGGCUGGGCCCGGGAACUUGCAUUUCUACUAGGCUCUGAGUGCCGCCUCUGCUGCUGCUUCCUGGACCACAGUGUGAGAGUAAGGGUUUGGACUAGAGUGUAUGGACGGCUAGGGGCAAGGACAGACUCUAGACUCUAAGGGCUGGCCGCUGGCUCUGUAGGGGAUGGAGGCAGGCUGCCCCUGCCCGGUGGGGGCUUCCUGGCCUCAGAGUUGGGUGGGACACUGGCGCACUGGGUAGAUGCUUGAGAGUGGGUGGUGUCAACUUCCUGUAGUGGGGAGUGAGAAAGCUGGUUGGGAACGGGAUGAGGUGAAGGGGGUUGGAAGAGGUGAGGACUGAUCAGAGGAAUUUUGGAAAGGCUUGGGAACAUUCUGUGCCUGAGGGAAGAAGACCCCUGUGAGAUAUGAAAAGGCAAGGGUGAAAGAGUCCAAGCUCAAGCUUUCCUUUUGCCUUCCAGUCACAUGUGCGUGGCUUUGGAACAUGGCACUGGCUCUGCAACUCACGACUCCCAAAGGAUGGAGCUGGGGUAGAGCAGGUUCGGGCAGCCUCGAAUUCAGAUGUCUCCCAAAUAAUUGUGAUCCAGAAUUUGAAUUCUAAGAUUCACAAACUUCCCCCAGCCCCCAGUGCCCCCAAGUGUACAGAUGUGCCUUCAUUAAAGGGUCCGUGCCAAGGCAUGUUUGACUAUGGGAUGGGGAUGUAGAACUUGGGCAGAGCUCUGGUUGAGGCCUCACAGCAAGACCUAAGCAGGAGAGGAAGCCGGACAAAAGGGCUAUGGAGAAAUAGGGCUUCUCUCCCUUCUGGAUGUUAGGAGAAAGGGAUGUCAUGGGAAUGAGUCACUAGGGCUUGGAGAGAAUGGAGUCUGGCACAGGACGUCUUCACUGCAGGAGGACUGUAGUGCAAGGCAAGCGUCACCGAACUUUUCUCAAAAAAGGGGAGCCCUUCUUCAGGAGCAAUGAACCAGCAGCUCUGGGGGCCACCCCUCCUGCUCUAGGAUGGAACCAGCUAAGGAACAGGAGGGAAGCGUAGACAUCCCUCCACAAAGCUCGGGACCAUGGAAGGCUGCUCUGUUUCCUUCUGGCUCCUUUGGUUAAAGGCCUGGCUGAGAGCCGUCUUCUUGGAUUCCCUGCUCCUCUCCAACCAACAGACAAGACUGCUCCUCAAAGGUGGGAAGUUCUUCAUGGGACGCGGCUUCAGGAGCCCAGGCACAGAGCUGGAGGAACUGACAAGGGAGAGUGCAGUGGGUAGUAGGGAGCCAGCAGGGAGAUGACAGCUUUACCUAAGGCCUCAAAACAAGGAGGGCAGAAGAGGUGGAAAGCAUCUCUGUCCUGGCCCAUAUCCCCUUACAGGGGGGAGCAGCAGAACACAUUGUGUAACUACAUUGUGUGAUAGGCAGCAUGGUUGAGGGGAACAAACAUGGGCCUUGGAAUCUGAGAGACUGAAUCCGAAUCCUAGGUCUGCCACCUGCUAGCUGGAUGACUCUGGUCAAUUUUAACAUCUAAAAGCCUCAGUUUUCUUGCCUGCAAAAUGGAGCUAGUAAUACCUAUGAUGAAGGGUUGUUAAGAAGAAGAUGAGAAUAUGCAAAAUAUACCUGGCACACCAUAGGCACUCUAUUCACAGGAGCACACAGAAGGCACUCAGUAAAUAUCUGUCAAAUAAAUAAAGUAGCUAUU